UGUGCGGGAACGUGUUUGACGGUGCGCUAGUGACAGUGCUAUUCUGAUAAAAAUUGGAUACUAUAUUCUAUAAUCUAUUUGCAGUUUGAAACAGAGCAGUUAGUGGGACUGCGUGACUGUGUAUGCAUUAAGUAAUCAACGUUAUUUAAGUUAAACUGGGAGGUUUUAUAACACGCACAAUGAGGACACUGAUUAUUUUCACUAUUUGUCUAAUUUUGUACGGAGAUUGCAAGCUAUUACCUAAACUGAACCAUCAUGGUAACUGGAUAACUAAUGAAAUAUCUACAAAGAAGUCCCAUCACGCUGGACCUCCAGAUCACACUAAGCUUGUUGCUAUGGCCAGAUAUGUCCUCCACAAUUCCAACUGGGCGUCUAUAGCUACCAUAUCAGUAUUGCCAGCUAUUGAAGGAUUUCCGUUUUCAAACGUUAAAUCAAUUGUUGACGGGUCUCUUGCUAACUCUACUGGAAUUCCAUACUUUUAUGUAUCUCCUCUGGACUUCACGGCUCGCGAUUUGACGAAAAACAGUCGUGCCACGAUAUUGGUUACUUUGGAGGAAACACGAUUCUGUGAAAACCAAAAAUAUGACCCCGAAGACCCGCGUUGCACCCGUCUUAUGCUGUCUGGGAAAAUGAAAAAGGUCAAAGACGGCUCUCCCGAGUAUGAAUUUGCGAAGGCCGCUUUGUUCGAGAGACAUCCGGCGAUGGCGACUUGGCCAACUGACCACGACUGGUUUAUCACCAAAAUGAAGAUCGCCCAAAUAGCAAUGGUGGACUGGUUCGGCGGUGCCAAAUAUAUCCCUGUUAAAGACUACCUCGCUUACAACUACACAGGCACUGAAAUGCUGCAACAUUACCGCCAAGGCCAUCAUGUAGCCCUUUAAGGCAAAACAUGUCCAAUAUUGGUUUCGGAUUAAGAAUAUUGUUCUAUAUUAUAUUAAUUGGUUAUAUAGUUUUCUAUAAAUAGUAGAGUCGAGUCAUUAAAUGUGUCGGUAAUUUUUUAGGUUUAGGUUUUCAUACAAGAUUUUUCUGCAAUUUCUUACCAAAUUACAUCCUGGUCUUUUAAAUGUCUCAUCAUAUUUAUUUAAAAAGUAUAUUUUGUGGUGUUUAGCAUGUAGAGGAAUUAAACACACUCCUGUAAUGUUAGGUUUUCUACUUUCAUACAUUUCGACUUAUGUUAGAUUUUCACUUGUAUAAAAAAUAAAGCGGUAUAAAAUA